UUAUCUUUGGUCCGAGUACGAUCAUCGUUGCUUGGGGUAUCGACGCGACAUAGAGCUUGUAGUCCGAACUUUUGUGACCACUGGGUUGUCGCCAUCCUUUGUUUUAAACGUUUCGGUAUAAAAAGCCCGGAUUUCUGGUUUUUAUGUUUAGUCAAGUGACAUUUAUCGUCCGACUGAUAAGUUAAGAGUGUUUUAUAGUGGAUCUCGAGUAAUUAACGAAUAUUAGUUAAGAUGCGUGCUCUGGCGAUAACUAUUGCUGUGAGCGUGUUACUACAGUUAAGUUCAUCUUCUUCACGCGAUCCUGUGAUCAACGAUGAUAAAAGGAGUACUCGACAAUCGAUAAUUGGACCGAGCCCGCUUAACCCGUUCUAUUCACCAAUUUAUAAUAAAACGACUUACAAUGCGGGUUUGAAUACGCCAGUGAACCCAUAUGUGCCACAGUUGAAUAUUCCACAUACGGUUCACUUUUCACCGCAAGAGGGUGUGACAGUGAUUCCCAACGCUCAGCCCCAGGUAGCACCACACCAUGUACAACAAGGACAUUUCCAACCUCAGCAGCAGCUUCGACCACCACCACAAGUCCAGCUUCAUCCUCAAAAUCAAGCACAGCAUCAACAAUUGCAGUACCAACAAGCUCAAUAUCAACAACAAUUGCAACAAGCUCAGUUGCAGCAGGCUCAGCAACUGCAGCAGGCUCAACAAUUGCAACAGGCCCAGCAAUUACAACAAGCUCAGCUGCAAUCACUUCAGCAAGCGCAAACCACUGCCUCACCCCUGUACUACCAGCAGCCUAAUCCAUACCAGAACUUCUACAGCACACCCGCCCCACCGAUUUUCUCCAAUAGCCUUUUCGAUAUUCCAGCACAACAGUAUCCAAACCUAAUCGACCAAGGAUUCUACAAAUAUCCUGUUUAUGUUGAUCCAAAUUUGGCAAGUGCAUUCAAGCAAGCACCCAAGCCUAUGUUCAUGAAGAGACGCACUAUUCAGGAUUUAUGUGCCGCUUACGCCCCAGAAGAGAAGACUGUGAUCUAUGUGCUCAGUCAAAACCCUAAUGAACCGCCAGAGGAGAUUGAAGUGCCUAAAGUUGCACCGACAAAACCAAGUAAGCCGGAAGUGUAUUUCGUUAAAUACAACACCCCCGAGGAAGCUGAACUGGCUCAAAAACACAUUCAAGCUCAAUACGAUGCACUUGGUGGACUUAGUGAACAAUCAAACGAAGGCAUCUCCCCGAUCACAACAGCCCAGGAAAUCUUGAGCGGAGCCCAAAACGUUACCAGAAAAAUAGGGGCCAAUUUCUUGCGACGCCAUUAGUAAAAAAUUAGACCUGAAUAAAUUGUUUGCAAACGCGUACAAAUUGUAUGUUCAUAUGUAGGAUAAGUAAUUAAGAUAUUGCUGUCAUUAUAGAUACACAUUGAAACAUAAAUGCGGCCAAGAGAGGAGGAGAAAGUAAACCUCAACCUCGCUUCCCAGCGAGGAGCCAACCAUAAUAUAUUUCCAAAUGUUUGGACGUUAUAUAAUGUUUUCAAUGGUGCAUUCAUGUUACCGCAGCGAGAUGCAAAAUCUGACUGCAUUUUUUUGUGGCAAUGUUGCGCGGAAAAAACAUUGUUAAUUAUGAAUUUGAAUAAUAAUAAACUUUAUAAGUUUGAUACAUAAA